AUGGAAUCAAUCUCUAUGAUGGCAAGUCCUAAGAACCUCAAUGAAACUUUUCUACCAAAUGUUUCCAAUGGCAUCAAGGAUGCCAGUAAGAUCACAGUAGGCAUCAUUGGAAGUGGAGACUUUGCUAAGUCCUUGACAAUUAGGCUUAUCAGAUGCGGGUACCACGUGGUCAUAGGAAGCAGAAACCCUAAACUUGCUUCCGAGUUCUUUCCCCAUGUGGUCGAUGUCACUCACCAUGAAGAUGCAGUAGCAAAAACAAACAUCAUUUUUGUAGCCAUACACAGAGAACAUUAUGCUUCCUUGUGGGACCUCAAGCAUUUACUUGCUGGUAAAAUUCUGAUUGAUGUCAGCAAUAAUACAAGAGUAGACCAAUAUCCAGACUCCAAUGCAGAGUAUUUGGCAUCACUUUUCCCAGAUUCUCUGAUUGUCAAAGGAUUCAAUGUUGUUUCAGCUUGGUCACUGCAGUUGGGACCAAAGGAUGCCAGCAGACAGGUCUAUAUAUGCAGUAACAAUGUGCAGGCUCGCCAUCAAGUUACUGAGCUUGCCCGUCAGCUCAGUUUUAUUCCUGUUGAUUUGGGGGCACUGUCAUCUUCAAGGGAAAUUGAAAACUUACCUCUGCGACUGUUCACACUGUGGAAGGGACCUGUAGUGAUUGCCAUUAGCCUGGCAACAUUUUUCUUCAUCUAUUCCUUCGUCAGAGAUGUAAUCCAUCCGUACAUGAGAAAUCAGCAGAGUGACUUUUACAAGAUCCCCAUUGAGAUCGUGAACAAGACUCUACCAAUUGUUGCUAUCACUUUACUUUCUCUAGUGUAUUUACCAGGACUUAUUGCAGCUGCUUACCAGCUUUACUAUGGCACUAAGUACAGGCGAUUUCCACCUUGGCUGGACAACUGGCUCCAGUGUCGAAAGCAGCUUGGACUGCUCAGUUUUUUCUUUGCAACAGUGCACGUGGCAUACAGCCUCUGCUUACCUAUGAGGAGAUCAGAGCGAUACUUGUUCCUCAACAUGGCAUAUCAACAGGUUCAUGCAAAUGUUGAAAAUUCUUGGAAUGAGGAAGAAGUGUGGCGAAUUGAAAUGUAUAUUUCCUUUGGAAUAAUGAGUCUUGGAUUGCUUUCUUUGCUGGCAGUAACUUCCAUCCCUUCAGUAAACAGUGCCUUAAACUGGAGGGAGUUCAGUUUUAUACAGUCUACACUUGGAUACGUUGCUCUGCUCAUAAGUACUUUCCAUGUACUGAUUUAUGGAUGGAAAAGAGCUUUUGAAGAAGAAUAUUACAGAUUUUAUACACCACCAAAUUUUGUGCUUGCCCUUGUUCUGCCUUCCAUUGUAAUUCUAGGUAAGAUUGUUUUACUUUUGCCAUGUGUAAGUAGGAAACUGAGGAGAAUUCGAAGAGGAUGGGAGAAAAGCCAUGUUAUCGAAGAAGCAAGCGGGUCUGUUCCACAUCUCUCCCCAGAAAGGAUAACUGUGAUGUAACAAUAGACUAAUAUUUGUCAGCAC